AACUACGACACUUCACCCCGUUAAUCUCUCUCUCUCUCUCUCUCUCUCUCUCUCUCUCUCUCUCUCUAUUAUUUAGGUGGGGGGGGAGGGGUGGCAGCUAGGAAGCAAGGCCUGGGUUCAGCGACGAGGAUGAGCGGGGUUGAGUUGCACCAUGCAGCGCCGAAGCGUCGGUGGGACGAGCAAGGGACCCUGCACCCCGGCGCCGCUCCCUUCCAUCAACGGUGCGGGGAUGUCGGUGCGGCCGCAGUGCCUGCUCAGCCCCCUCGCAGGAAGCUCUUGUCUUUCUCGGCCAUGGACGACGAGGCGGCUGCGUCGGUCGUCCCCCCGGUCACCGUCGUCCUCGAGGGGCGCUCCAUCUGCCACCGCAUCUACCUCGACCAGCACACCAGCUACGAGAGCUUGGCGAAGGCCUUGCGUCGCAUGUUCGUCGAUUUCGAUGGGGGCGACGGACAUGGAGACGGGGGAUACCAGGAGCUGCAGCUGGCCAACGCAGUACCUGGCUACAUGGUGGCCUACGAAGACAUGGAGGACGACCUGCUCCUCGUGGGUGACCUUAACUGGAAGGAUUUCGUUCGUGUAGCCAAGAGAAUCCGAAUAAUCCCUGCAAAGGCCGGUCGUCGGAAACACUGUGGAGGGCAAUAGAAGAUGUCGACUUUUGUUAAGAUAUACAUGCAUUAAGUUUAGAUGUCAACUGUUAAGAGCAGUACUUGAUGUCUCUCUGUGGUUUACUCGAACUGUGUUUAUUGCUUUUCUGCUUUGUCUCUAUCAUUGUAGUCGUAAACAUGCUUCUAUUUACUUCAGUCAAUGGCAUAAUGAGACAACCGGCAUUGAAGUA